GCGGGCGGAACCUGGUGGAGCAAGCGGGAUUCGGGGGCGCUAAAGUCGCAAGGGCAGGGCGGGAAGGAAGAUCCGGAACGGGGCAGAGGAUCCGGAGCUGGAGCCCCCCCAGAACCUUCCCUCCGUGAAGAAGAGAGCAGGUCGGGACGAGUGAGGCUGGCCCCAUGUACCCGGAAUCGACCACGGGCUCCCCGGCUCGGCUCUCCCUGCGGCAGACGGGCUCCCCCGGCAUGAUCUACAGUACUCGGUAUGGGAGCCCCAAAAGACAGCUCCAGUUUUACAGGAACCUGGGCAAGUCCGGCCUGAGGGUCUCCUGCCUGGGGCUCGGAACAUGGGUGACCUUCGGAGGCCAGAUCACGGACGAGGAUGCAGCAUGGCCCGCAUCUGUCCUGGGCAGGACACUGACUCCCAGGCUGAUGGGCCCCUCUGGGCACCGAGUGAAUAUCUUGGAAGCGAGAACAGUGGCAUUUGCUCAGAGAGCUCCGAAUGUCUGCACAAGAAGCUGCCUGCACAUCCGCCCUUCGUACCACGAAAAAGGCUGCAUUUAAAAAUUAAUAAGCGAGUUCACGUGAGACAUCGUAGCUGUGAUUUCGGUUACUUUUCAAAGGAAAAGCUUGGCUCCCCUCAAAAUCUGGAUGCCCUUCAUUUGUGUUCUUGUUCCUCUUUCUUCUAGGACAGUGGCUAUGUAGAACUAAUUGCCCUCGCUUUGAGGUUCUGGGUCUGCCCUAUCUCAGGAUUGAGACAGGUGUUUUUUGGGUGGCAGGGAGUCGUUUCGUCUUUAGCCGUAAGACUGGUUCCAAAAGCAUUUAAAAUAGAAGGGACUGUGUUACUGGGCUGUACGCCUGAAAUUGACACAACAUUGUAAAUCAAUUACACUGCAAUUUUUUUUUUUUUUUGGUUGGGGGGUGUUGGCUGCACCCAUGGCAUGUGGAAGUUCCCAGGUCAGGGAUCGAACCUGUGCCACAGCUGUAAGCCAAGCCAGAGCAGUGACAACGCCAGAUCUUUAACCCAGUGAAUCAGCAGGGAACUCCAUACUUCCUUUUUUUAAAAAAAGAGAGUCAUGAGUGAGUUCCCUGGUGGUACAGCAGGUUAAGGAUCCAGCCUUGUCACUGCAGCAGCUUGAGUCACUGCUGUGCCGUGGGUUCACAGGGAAUUUUCACAUGCCACGGGCACAGCCAAGACAAACAAAAAAAAAAAAGAUUCGUGAAAAAGAAAGGUCAGAGCCCCAGAGCCCACGUGGUUCACCCCCAAUAGGCUGUGUCUGAUUCGCCUGUGUCCCUUUCGAUGUGCAAGAAUUCUGGGGAGGAUGUGACUUCGUUUCCAAAUGGCAUUAGCUACGCUGCAUGUGAUGUCCUUGAGGGAAAGACAUAGAGAAGUGGCCAGAUCGUCACUAUCCAAUUAGGUGACUUUUUCUCCAGCAGACCCAUCGCACCCAAAGAGUAUUGAUUAAUGAUCCCGUGGCAGCCACAGCUGGCUCCUGCCUUCUCCAUCAGAGACAUAGUGACGUGCAUGAAGAUACUGGAAGUCGUUUCCAGAUGACACCAAGCUGGGAGGACAGCGGCUACGAUAGAAGACAGAUUCAGGCUUCUAAAAAGCCCUGGCAGGCGACGAUGAUGGAGCCAAGGGACAAGCAGAAUUUUCCCAUGGAAUCCUACAGUUAGUGUCCCAGAAAAUCAAGACCUCGAGUCUGAGGAGCCACAGUUCAGAUGAAGAAUGCCCAGACUGGGUUCUCUAGCUGCCUGGCCUGGGCCAGCAGGGUUGGCACCACAAAGAAGCAAGGACCAUCCUGGGCUGCAGAGAAACAAGGGUGCUGCCCAAACCCAGAGCAGCCCCUGGCCCAUUGGGCACCCUGGAUGAGUGACUCUGCCUAGAACACGUGAUCCUGCUAAAUUCAUGGCCAAAGGCAGGUGUCUAGUGUGGCACGGGCUCCAGAAACAGAGUCCUGUUUUUAGAGUUACCUCCUGUAUGCAAGACACUGUGCCCGGACACCAGGGCAACACAGAAACAGGGAAUGAGAAAUUUAUUAUGGCAGCGUGUUGUGCCGUGGCAGGACUCUGAAAAUGUCCGUUAAGUGAUGGCCCCAGGGCCAAAUCUGGUCCCUGGCCUGGUUUAUCUUUUUUUCUUUCUUCUUAAAAAUAAGAAACAUAAAAUUUGCCAUUUUAACCAUUUUUCUUGUGGUUCAAAUAAGCAUAACAUGUGGAGUUCGCGUUGUGGCUCAGCGGGUUAAGAACCCAUGAGGAUGUGGGUUCAAUCCCUGGCCUCGCUCAGUGGGUUAAGAAUCUGCUGUUGCCGCAAGCUGGGGCAUAGGUCGCAGAGGCGUUGCUGUGGCUGUGGUGUAGACUGGCAGCUGCAGCUCUGUUAUGACCCCUGGCCUGGGAACUUGCAUUUGCCUUGGGUGUGGCCAUAAAUGAAAAAUAAAAUAAGCAUAACAUAAAAUGUACCAUGUUAACCAAUUCUUUCAAUAUAUAGUUCAGUGCCAUUAAGUAUCUUAACUUAGCUGUGCAACCCUUACCACCACCUAUUUCCAGAAUUUUCCAUCACCCCAAACAGAAACUCUGUACCCAUGAAGCAAUAACUCCCCAGCCCCUGGCAACCUCUGAUCAGUCUCUGUGUCUGUGAAUUCUGCAGCCCAGUUUUUGUAAAUAAAGCUUUAUUGACAGGCAGCCACGCCAGUUCGUUUACAUAUUGUAAGCGGGCUGAGUUGAAUAGUUGCCGCAGAGACCACCUGGCCCACAAAGCAGAAAAUAUUAACCUUUUAGCCCUUUACAGAAAAGUCCCCUGUCCUGUGGGGUCACAGCAGCAUCUGUAAAUCUCAGUGGGGCUGUCGUCCCACAGAGGGAGGCCCCGUGGGCUGGGCUGGGCUGGGACACAGGAAGCAGACGGUGUUGGUAAACCUCAGGUCACAUGGCCAAGUAGCAGCACUGCCCUGGACAGACUCAGAUUUCCAAACUCAAGUUCAGCGCCCUUUCUGUGACCUGGCACAGCUGUUCAGGUAGAAAACUCCCCCUCAGGGCACGUGUUCCAAGCAGCUUGGGCCAUAAAAAUUUAAUAAGAAUAGUGGCUAAGGACUCCACAUUUAUUAUGGCCCUCAAUCCUCCAUCCGCCCUGGGAGCGAGGUGUUCUUAUCCCAUUCCGAGGACGCAGAGCCUGGGGGCUGAGCAGGUGCCGAGGUCACACCUGGAGAGUAAUGGCCAGAGGAUUUUAGUAGAGAGGGAAGUGGCCCUGACUUAGGUCUUAAAAGCCUCUGUCUGGCUGCUGCCAUUUGUGGGGAGGGCGGGGACACUUGUCAGAUUGUUACAUGUGCCCAUAUACCCUGGAGAUCUGUUUAAAAUGCAGAUUCCGAUGUGGCAGGUCUGGGGCGGAACCUGGGCUUCUGCAUUUCUGAUGCUGCUGUUGCUGAUGCAUGGAUGGCCCUUUGCCUGGGGUGGGGAGGGACACGAACAGAAGCAAAGAGAGUUAGGGGGCUACCCUAAAAACCUCUCCGGAGGGACGCUGCAGCUGGGACCAGGUGGGACCAGGUCGGCAGGAGCGGUCAGGUACCGAAUCCGUUUGCAGGGGGAGCUGACAGGAUCGGCCGGAGGUUCGAUGGUGGAUUGAGAGAAAGAUGAGUACAGGAUGCCCAGGUGUUUGACCUGAGCACGGGAUGGGCAAGACCACAGGUACAGCUGCUGCUCCUCAGCACACACCAGCCCCACUGCCUGCAGCGCCCCCUCCGCAAGCCUCCUCCCCUGCCUGCCAGACAAACUCCUAACCACCCUUCAAAACCCAGCCCUGUAAAUUCGGAAACACGCUAUAACAUGGAUGAAGCUUGAGGAGGGAGCUGGGGGAGGGAGAACGGGGAGUGAGUGUUUGAUGAGGACAGAAUUUCAGUUUGGGAAGAUGACAGAGAUCUGGAAAUGGACAGUGGUGAUGGUUGUACAGUGGGGGAAAUGGAUUUAAUACCAUUGAACUGUACACUAAAAAUGGUUAAAAUGGUAAACUUUUUCGUUGUAUAUAUUUUACUGCAAUUUUUAAUUUUUUUUUUAAAAAAAGGAACAGAUGAGAUCUCCAUGAACUGAUGUGCACUGAUUUCCAGGAUGUAUUUUAAGUGAAAAAAGCAAAGUGCAGAGGAAUACCUGUAGGGGAACCCUCCCUGUGAGCUUGAUGGAACCAAAAGAAAACACGCUGUGUGUCUGAAAUAUGCAAAUAAAAGCCCUGAGCCACCUGGCUCAGCACCCUCCCCAGGGGACACCAUGCACGUCUAACCGGCUGUGUAACCUUCAGCACACGGUGCUCUCUUGGCAGAACCGGGGCAGCCGGUGGGGGGGACACAUACAGGAGAAGUCAAGACCAGGAUCUGCUGGGAGGGAGGGUCGCCUCCUGUGCCUGGAGUCGGAAGACUGAGGAGCCCAGAGCAACUGGGGAGCAUGCGCGUGGAUGCAUUAGAUACAUUGUUAUGCUUGAGCCACCGAAGGGAGGAGCGAGCCAGUCCUCCCGGCAGAUGGAUCCAAAAAACUCCUCCACCAAUGGCCUUCGAAGCCAGGAACUUUCCUACUCGGAUGACAGCAGCUGACUGAUAGGGGUCAGCAUUGACAUGCUCAGUAUCUAAAAGCUUUGGGGUUCAUUGCCAACAUGUGAAAAUCAGAUUUUACCCCCCUCCCCAAUAUCCUGGAUUUCUGGCUCCUCUUGAAAUUCAAGGGAUUUGUUUGUAGCCAGCCACCUUCCGCAGGUGGUGUUUGUGCCCGCGCCACCCACCAAUCCCCAUGGGGCACUAGCCUCCUUCUCCACACCCGCCUGGCCAGUGGAGUUUCUGUGUUAGGUUUGGAGGCAGCUCUGAGAAGCUGCUCCUGCCUGGCUCCUUCCUGCGGUUUUUGAGGGUUGAGUAUUAUUCACUGUGCCCUGGGCUGGCCUGGGCGGCAGGCUUGGUGCUCUGAGCUGAGCUGCUGGAAUUGGCUGGUGGGGAAGUUUGCAUCUGCGAUGCUCGGAGGGACACCUGCGCUAUGUGGAGGGCCAGCAGGGUUCGGGGGCUGCUUCUCCGCUGCAUCUUGGAGGGGGCUGUCCCUUGCAGGCAGGCUUCGUCACCGUGUCAUCAAACCCCGUCUUCAAGGCACUGGAGGAGCUCGGGCCAAGGCCAGGGGGCUCCUGAGGCCAACAGUCUCUCCAUCUGCAAAUGAUAAUCAUACCACCCUCAGGCGGCUGCCGGGAAGACUUCAGUGGAUACGGUGUCCCAGGCGCAUUCCAGCCCAGGCUUUCAGAAUGUGUUUAUUCUGCCAAGAUUUACUGCACUCCUGCUGCGGCUCUGCUAGUUUCCCAGCGCGGCUGCAGCAAAGUCCCACACACGGAGUGGAUUAAAACAGCAGAAGUUUAUGCUCUCACGGUUCCGAGGCCAGAAGUCCAAGAUCAAGGUGCAGAGCCUCGCUGGCACCAGAGCCCUGGAGAGGCGUCCGUUCCAGUCCUGUCUCCCGGCUCUGCCGGUGGCUGGCCCCGUUCGACGUUCCCUGGACUGUAGGCUCUUUACCCGAAUCCCUGCCUCCGUCUUCACAUGGCCCCUUCCCUGUGUGUCAACCACUCGUAUUGGGUGUAGGACUCACCCUAAUGCAGGUUGACCCCAUCUUACCUAAUUACAGAACCAGCACCCUGCAUCUCAGGACCAAGUAAAGUGUAGGUUCUGCUUCCUCGAUGCAGAAAGAAUUCAGGGAGACGCGGAGCAACCAGGAAAGGAAAGCGUUUCUUCACAUAGGAUGCUCGUGAGCAACACAAGCAGGCGGGGAGGGAGUACCCCACCCUGAGAACGUGGGGGGGCUACAGUUUUAUAACCAAAGAAUGGGGAGGGAGAGAAAACCACCUUAUUCUUCAUUCUUCUCUUUGUUUUUUUAAAGGGCCCAGCAUAUGGCAGUUCCCAGGCUAGGGGUCAAAUUGGAGCUCCAGCUGCCGGCCUAUACACCACAGUCACAGCGACACAAGAUCCGAGCCCCGUUUGCAACCUCCACCACAGCUCGCGGCCACGCUGGAUCCUCAACCCACGGAGCGAGGCCAGGGAUCGAACCCGCGUCCUCAUGGAUACUAGUUGGGUUCAUUUCUACUGAACCACAAGGGGAACUCCCUCAUUCUUGAGUAGACAUCAAGCUUCCACCAUCAGCCCCUGCUCCACGUCAGGCAGGGAGUUUUCUUGGCCCUACGAAGUCAGACUGGGACUGUCAUGGCGCAAAGGAAAUGAGCAAAAAGGCGGUGAUAUAUAUUAAAUAUGAUCAGUCAUCUCAGUUUCAGUUUAAUGUCACCCUCCCCUAUAUUUUUGUUUUUAGUGUGCUCAGAGAAGCAUCUAGGAAUCAUUAACCUACCAAUUUAGGGACAGGACGUGGGUCUCAUUCCACCAUAAUGCUUGAUUAUUUGGGGGCAUGUCUCAUGCUUCUGUUGUGUGGUUUUAUGAUAAGCAAGCCUGCUUCCCGCUGCCCUGAGGGAUCAUUAACUUACAGGGUCUCCCAUACUUUUUUCCUGUUUACAAUCCCCUAGAGGGAUAACCUAUUUAAUCACCUACUUUGUCUCACUACUCUGUCCCCAUCAAUUGCAUCUGCCCCCAAAAAACCAAAACAAACAACAAAAAAACCAUUGCUAGGAGUUCCCUGGUGGUCCCGCAGGUUAAGGAUCUGGCAGCGUCCCUGCUGUGGUGUGGGUUCAAUCCCUGGCCCUGGAGCAUCUACAUGCCAUGGGUGUGGCCAAAAAACAAUUUUUAAAAAAUCGCCAAAUAAAUUCACAUUCUGAGAUUCUGGGGGACUUGAUUCAACCUAGUACAGACACUCAGCCCCAUGAUGACCCAACAGGUGGGGUCCCUGCUCACAAGAAAUUCACGAUCCAGAGGCUCUUCCUUCACGCAUUCUUCUUUCUUCUCUCGGGUCUGUGACUGAGCUGCUUGUGGGCCGGCCCUCUGGCAGGAGAGGACUCGGGGUGUCCGAGGACGGGGACGGGGCCCUCGAAGGGCCUCCCCAUGCCUCCAGGUUGUGCUCCGGAGCCCCCGCACCGCACCCCCCACCCCCAGGCCUGGCCAGACAGUGCCACCUGCAAGCAGCCCUGGUUGUCUCAUUCCAGAUGGCAGAGCAGCUAAUGACCUUGGCCUACGACAACGGCAUCAACCUCUUCGAUACUGCAGAGGUCUACGCUGCGGGCAAGGCUGAGGUGGUUCUAGGAAACAUCAUCAAGAAGAAGGGAUGGAGGCGAUCCAGCCUCGUCAUCACCACCAAAGUCUUCUGGGGAGGAAAAGCGGAGACCGAGAGGGGCCUUUCCCGGAAGCACAUCAUAGAAGGUCUGAAAGCCUCCCUGGAGCGGCUGCAGUUGGAGUAUGUGGACGUGGUGUUCGCCAACCGCCCGGACCCCAACACGCCCAUGGAAGAGACGGUGCGCGCCAUGACCCACGUCAUCAACCAGGGGAUGGCCAUGUAUUGGGGCACGUCACGCUGGAGCUCCAUGGAGAUCAUGGAGGCCUACUCCGUGGCCCGGCAGUUCAACCUGAUCCCGCCCAUCUGCGAGCAGGCCGAGUACCACAUGUUCCAGCGCGAGAAGGUGGAGGUGCAGCUGCCAGAGCUCUUCCACAAAAUAGGAGUGGGCGCCAUGACCUGGUCCCCUCUGGCCUGCGGCAUCGUUUCUGGAAAGUAUGACAGUGGCAUCCCGCCCUACUCGAGAGCCUCCUUGAAGGGCUACCAGUGGCUGAAGGACAAGAUCCUGAGUGAGGAGGGCCGGCGCCAGCAGGCCAAGCUGAAGGAGCUGCAGGCCAUCGCCGAGCGCCUGGGCUGCACCCUCCCGCAGCUGGCCAUAGCCUGGUGCCUGAGGAAUGAGGGGGUCAGCUCCGUGCUCCUGGGUGCUUCCAGCGCAGACCAGCUGAUGGAAAACAUUGGAGCAAUUCAGGUUCUUCCAAAACUGUCGUCUUCCACUAUCCACGAGAUCGAUAGUAUUUUGGGCAAUAAACCCUACAGCAAAAAGGACUACAGAUCCUAAGAAGCCCCACCACCACCACCCUGGCCAUUCGCCUGGACAGUUUCGUUCCCCUCCUAGUCUCUGUUCGCUCGCUUAAGCUGUCUUGAAGCCAAGUCAAGAGUCUGGUUUGCAGCAAAAACAAAACAACGCACCAAAACAAUAGGAAAAAAAAAUCUCAGAAGUCGCUGCCACAUGCCACCCGCUGCUUUGCAGGACCCACGUCCAAUCGUGCUGGGGAGUCAGCAUUGACUUGAAGGCGUUCGAACAGUCCCACCCAAGCCUGCCGCCUCUGCUCACCCUCCACCGAGAAACCACCACAUUUUCUCCGGGCCACGGGCCGCCCGUCUCGGAGACUCAAGUCCAGGCCAGGCCGAGGCCGGCUGGGGCCCCAGGGGACAGGCAGAGCUGGCCUCUCCUCUGCCCAGAACCCCACCUGGUGUGGGGGAGGGGAAGGGGACGCGGAUCUGGCUCCUCCUGGGGCCCCUCAGCCCUGCUCUGGCCAAGGGCUCCGUGUCCUUUGUGUGGGACCUGACCUCCGAUCCCACCCCCCUCCUCCUCCAACACCUGCCCCAGCAGGUCUCAAGGGGCCUUCCGAACUGUCCCUUGACCCCCCCCCGACCCCGACCCUUGCUGGCAGGGGCAGGGAUCCAGGGGGAUUCACUCCACAGUUUGGGACCCCCCCCCCGAAGAUCUAGAGGUCUGAUUUCAAGGUCAUCGCCCUGCUGGCUUCCUCCUCGCACACACUUGAUGAGCCUGAUGCGGGAGCAGCCUGGAGUGCUAGGGAAGCACCUGGGGAUAAGGUCCCAGGUCCCCAAAGGCCCCGCCUGCCCUCCCCGCCAGGUGCUCAGUCCUCGUCCCAGGAGGCCCCGGGGUCCUUCGUGCUCAGCUGGACCGUAGCUGCUGAUUUCACAGCAGGUGGUCAGCCUCUGCUCUGCCCCGGGUGGUGGGCUUGGGGUCUCCAGAGAGAACAGGCCUAGACCCUUUCAGUGAGGAGGGUCCCUGGGGUUUUCUGUGCUGUGUGCCCAGGGGCUGGGGACGUGAACACCUGGCAGCAGCAGCCCCCAAAAUCUAGGAAAAGACCCCUGGGGCGCCUCUCCCUGGAGCGGUGUCCCCUGGAGACCUCAGAGCAGGUAGGAUGAGGUGCUGUGUCUGGGGUGCUCAGAGCUUGUUAGCGGGCAGAUGGGCAGCAGUGCUGCCCCCAGGACACCCUAGGCGCCCCAUGAAGAGGCAAGGGUGGCUGGGGUUGGUCGUUCUUUUCCAUAUGCCCCUCCAGCCUAGAACAGCCUGGGGACCAGGAGAGAAGGCAGCAUCCUCAGAACUGUCAGCCCCUUUGCAGCCCAGCCCUGAGUGGCUGUGAUGGGGGCGGGAGAGGGGGUGGCCUGCAGCCAGGAGACCCGGCCCCCGUGGCCCUGAGCAGCACCCCAUCCUUUACUGGCUGCGGGGGAACAGGUGCCCCAGCCCACAGUGUAGGGGGCUUAUGUGUCCCCUGCUCCAGACACACCCCCACCCCACCCCUGGGUGGUCACUGCCUGUCCUGCUUUGCCCUUCAGAGAGGCUCCUCCGUGCCAUUCUCAGAGGGCCUGCCAUCCAUCCUGGCUGUGAACCAGUUUUAAGAAAGCUACAAGGUCCGGAGAAGCGGCUUCCUGACCUUUGUGCUGACCUGGAGUCUAGAACCUUCUCCCUCCUUGUGGACCAGACCCCUGCAAGCAUCCCCCUUGGGUGUGGAGGAGGGGCAAGCCUAUCCUGGGGGAGUCCCCAGCCACUUCCCACCAUCACGGGAUAAGGGUCUGGCUCCCAGGACAGGACGCUGCAGGGGGGCAGCUUUCACCCCAGGCCCACCCAGGCAGGGCCCACGUGCUCUGGGUCGGGCAGUCCCAGAGCGAGGGGCCAGGGCUGCCGCCACCCCCCCUCCCCAGGCACCACCAUGAGCCACACAGGAGAAGGCCGAGCCCCUAUUGUCUGUAAUUCCCAAACGGAGGGAGAUGAGGGCUCUCAGGGUUAAGCUCGGCCAAGGCCGAAAUGCCCAGCGCCAAGACUGGAGCGGCUUCCUGGGCCUGGGGCACCCUCCACAGCCUCGUUCUGCAUCCCCCAACCCGCACCCUGUAUGUGGGUGUGAAGAGAUGGCGCCCCACUUCCUGGGGGAGGGACCCCCAACUUAGGAGGGGGCUGGAGGGGGGCGGGGGAGGGGGAUCCAGGGCAGUCAGAGCCUGGAGCUGGACAGAGGCAGGCCCUGGAGGGGCAGCCUGGGUUUGGAGCCCCAGCUGCCUGCCCUUGGCUUCUCACCCUCCCCUUAAAGGAGUCUGCUGCAGGGGUCCGGCUGGGAGUGUCACACAGAAAGUGGGCCUGAUCUGGGGGGACCAGUCUUCCUUGCUCAAGACCCAGGAGCCUCCACGGUUCCUCAUCCCAAAUCAGUGGCAUAGUUGAGGGCCAAGGACAACAGCGGGGCUGGCUCCAUCUUCUCUCCUCUCCCGCGUAAAUAACGUGCUAUUUUUCUCUCCCCUUUUUUUUAACAACCCCGGUCUCUCAGCUACCGCAUCCCCCCAUAGGCAGGUGCCCUCCACCUUGCGCUUCAGAUGCCGCUCAGCAGACACACAGCACUGUAUUUAUGGAAUGACAAAAUAAAGCCUAGCCCGUCGGGGUCCGCUCC